AGUUGGGAGAAUAUAAUUCAUUCAUGGCUUUUCCCAGUUUCCUCUCGCUACAAAAAUCUGCAGCUAUAUGCAUUCUUGUAUUUCUAGUGUUUGCGCCAUGUGGGGAUGCCACUCGAUGCUACGAAUCAAUCAUUAGUUUCGGAGAUUCCCUCGCCGACACCGGAAACCUCAUUCGCAUGUGGAAUCCCUAUAACAUUGCGGCGGUUCUUCCCUACGGAGAAACCUUCUUUCACCGCCCCACCGGCCGCUUCUCCGACGGCCGACUCAUCCUUGACUUUAUCGCUCAGAGCUUGGGGCUUCCGUUUUUGCGGCCAUAUUUAUCGGCAGAAGAAGAAAGUGAUUUCCAGAAAGGGGUGAACUUCGCCGUCGCUGGAGCUACUGCGCUUAAUAUCUCCUUCUUCCAUGAAAGGGGAAUUUAUAAUGCUAUGACAAACACCUCUUUGGGAACACAAUUGGAUUGGUUCCACGAAUCUUUCUGCACCAACAUUCAUUCUGCAGACUGCAAAGAAAAAUUGCAAAGCUCUCUUGUAAUGAUGGGAGAGAUUGGGGGCAAUGACUACAACUAUGCAUUCCUUCAAGGCAUUCCUAGAGAAGAGAUCUCAUCAUCUUUUGUUCCCGAAGUUAUUUCCACCAUUAGUUCAGCUAUUACGAAACUAAUUGAAUUUGGAGCUCGAAGCGUGGUUGUUCCCGGAAAUUUACCUAUUGGAUGUUCACCAGUUUACUUGUUCUACUUUAAGAGUUCGAAGCAGAGCGAAUACAACUCUACAACCGGUUGCAUAAAUUGGUUAAACGAGUUCUCCAUGUACCAUAAUGAGCAACUUAAACUCGAGUUGAGUCGCCUCCGAGAGCUUCAUCAUAAUACCACCAUAAUUUAUGCGGACUACUACAAUGCAGCCAUGGACUUAUAUACUUCUCCAAGCAAUUAUGGGUUUAAUAAUACACUAUCAGCAUGUUGUGGACAAUGUAUGUUUCCAAAUCCAACGGUAUGUGAUGAGCCAUCAUCAUUUGUAAACUGGGAUGGCAUCCACUUAACAGAAGCAGCAUAUGAAGCUAUAGCGCAGGGGCUACUGCAUGGGCCAUAUACUUCACCUCAUGUUUAUGAAUUCUGCAUUCUUAAAGGCUCAAGAGGUGCUCAAACAUCAUCGGAUCAUUUAAGAAUGAACAUAUGAUGUCUGUAAGGGCACUUCAGUUGAUUCAUGGAUGGUAGAUUAUGGGUAAUAUAAUGGCAAGAAUGAACAUAUAAUGUUGGAUUUGGUACGGUAUUAUUAUCUCAUGAUGAGCUGUAUUAUCAUACUCUUCUAAUUUAAAUGGUUUGCUAUAAUUACAAAUGUACUUGUGAUUGUUGUAAA